UCAACAGCUACAGUAGAUGCAAUGAACUGAAUUUCGCAACCCAUAUUGCGAUAAUUUCCAAUGAUUUUAGGACAUGCGGGCCUUUCAUAGCUUGUGUUACUAAAUACUGUUAUAGUAUUUUACUUUUCUUUCACUUUGUUGGUGGAUGGUGUGGCCUGCUGGAUCAAACAUGGAGAAGUUCGAAGGCAAAGUCUUCACCGCUUUGUGUACCACCAACAUCCUGAUAUCCUCUCUCGUGUUCUCCAAAAUAACCAGAGAACAAAGGGAGCCUUAUAUGGACGAAAUAUUCCAUGUCCCCCAAGCUCAAAAAUUCUGUGAAGGAAAGUUUUAUGAGUGGGACCCUAUGAUCACCACGCUGCCUGGUCUGUACCUGGUGUCGGUGGGGCUGAUCCAACCCGUGGUCUGGCUGGCUGGCCUCAGCGGCAGAGCGGUGUGCUCUGCUGCUAUGCUGCGUUUCAUCAACACACUCUUCAACUGCGGGAACCUCUACCUGCUUUAUCUCGUUGUCUGUCACAUACACCACAAAGACAAGUCCCGCACGGCAUGUCGUCGUAUCCUGACAGCGCUGGCCCUCUCCACCUUCCCGGUGCUCUACUUCUUCACCUUCCUCUACUACACGGACGCCGGCUCCACCUUCUUCAUCCUCUUCGCCUACCUCAUGACUCUUUACGCCUCGCACAAGAUGGCCGCCCUGCUGGGCGUGUGCGCCAUCCUGUUCCGCCAGACCAACGUGGUGUGGGUGGUCUUCUGCGCCGGCACGGUGGUGGCACAGCAGCUGGACGAGGCCUGGGCGGCAGAGCAGGCCAAAAAGCGGGAUCACCCACGGUCACCCAGCGCGUUUCACGUCCCCCUCAGUGUUGCCGGCGGCAAGCGUCUGGUGCGCUUCCUGUGGGGCUUUGUGACAACGCCGGCAAACGUCAAAACGGUUGUCGUAGCGACCUGGCCGUACCUGUUGGUCGGCGCCGGAUUCGUCAGCUUUGUGGUGUUGAACGGCGGCAUCGUGGUGGGCGACAGAACCAGCCACGAGGCCUGCCUCAACUUCCCCCAGCUCUUCUACUUCCUGUCGUUUACUUUGCUACUCUCGCUGCCGCUGACAUUCUGCCCGCGCCGUCUCCUCCGCUUCCUGCAGUCCGUGCGCCGGCAGCCCUUGCUCUACCUGGCCCUCUUUGCCCUGGCCCUGCUGCUGGUCUGGAGGUUCACGCACGUCCACAAGUACCUCCUGGCGGACAACCGACACUUCCCCUUCUACGUGUGGCAACGCGUGUUCCAGAGGCAUCCGCUGGUACGGUACCUGCUCGUGCCGGUGUACGUGUUCGCGGCGUGGAGCUUCCAGGACACUCUGCUGCAGGGGAGAUCGCUCUUCUGGGCGCUGGCGUUUGCCGUUUGUUUGGUCGUUUCCACGGUGCCUCAGAAGCUGCUGGAGUUCCGCUACUACAUCGUUCCGUACCUGCUCUACCGGCUGCACAUGCCUCUGGCAUCCACGCCCCGGCUGCUGUUGGAGUUUGGCCUGUACACGGCUGUCAAUGCUGCCACAGUUUAUAUAUUUCUCUACAGGACCUUCCAGUGGCCUGACAGCACGGACGUGCAGAGGUUCAUGUGGUAGGGGUAACGAGGAGGAGGCCAAGAAAUAGGGAGAGAGAGGGAGCAAUACCAUCUUGCUUUCACAGAGUUUCAAAGAGUUUUUGUUUAAUCCUGAUGUUUUAGGGGUUAAUGUUUGAUUAAUGGGCCAUACCCGAAGCGUCACGACUGGAAAAAAAAAAUGGUUUGGCUGACUGGUUAAAGAGUAGACCUACCUACACAGGAUACGAGUAUGCCCGAUGGACCACUGCAGUCCAGGACUACCAAGGACAUCAGGGUCGGUGUGGUUCUUAAAUGGAUAACAUCCAGCUUACUGGGCAGGAUCCAAUGGAGGUUGCCGCCUACUGUAUGAUUGAUUCAUGAGAAAAUGUUUUCUUUGCUUUUGUGGGACCAUAUGGGUUAGGUUUGGAUGCUGACCACUCAAUGAAAGAUUAUGAAUUAUCGUUUCCUUGGUUGUUUAUUUCGAUUAUCAUGACUUGAAAGACCAAAGGCAGAAUUGCCACCUGCGCUUCUGUCAGGGUGAAAAGGAUACCAGUAGAGCGUUAUACUAGUAUACUAGUAUCCAAAGGGAUUAGGUGUUUAGUUUUUUAUACAGUUGUAGUGUCUUUCUACUGUUUUGUUUUGUUUUGUUUACCCGAUUCAUGGGUAGUGAAAUUUUGUGUCCAGGUGCAAGAUGCCUAUUCAUUAGUCUUAAAGGCAAGUGUAGGCCUUAGUGAAUCCCAAGUACCAUUAACGAAUGUGAUGUGCCUUUCUAUAGUAGAGAGGAAACAAAAAUACAAAAAAUGUUUUGC